CAUUACACGCCGUGUUUCAGCGGGCGGUGAGGAAGCUGCUGCCGCUGCUGCAGCUCUGUGAGACAGAAAGAGCAACGCAGCGAAACACACGGCAGGCUGCUAGCUCAGAGGGCGGCAUGGCGGGGCCACAGGACUUCCACUGUCACAGGAAAACGUGGAUUAAUAUACUAUUAGGAAUAUUUCAGAUACUUCUACCAUACGUUCAACACGGAGGGGCUCAGCUGCAAGCGCUGAGUCAGAUGUCCACCAGCGUGGUCGAAGUCUGGCAGCCAGAGGAGGCAGACCCAUUUGUCCCGCUUCAGGUGGUAGAGGAGCGAAGAAAAGAUGGGCUUCCACUAGAAGAUGGCUCCUCUCUGUAUACGCAUGCGAAUGGGAUGCCUCUGCAUAUCCAGCCCCCAGUGUUGGAUUUUGGGACGCAGCUGCUGGGGUUGCCGAGAGCUGAAACCAUAUAUAUACACAACCCCAGUCAGGAGGUUCCUAUGACCCUGCUGUCGAUGUUUACGUCCAGCAGGCAUUUUUACAUACCUUCCUUUCACAGAAGAGUCAUCCCACCAAAGGGAAAGGCAUCUUUUAAACUAAUUUUCCUCCCAUCUGAGGAGGGCAACGUAGAAAACACAUUAUUUAUAAACACAUCAGCCCAUGGGCUGCUUUCAUACCAGGUUUUUGGUGUGGGAAGCCACCAAACCUCAUUAAAAUCUUACCAAAGAAAGGAAAGUCUUAUAAUAUUCCCUCACAUCGAGAGCAUAAAGCUGACCCAAACACAGGAAGAUGCCUCCAACAUCACCAUUCUGGGUCUCCUCCUGGAGUGCAGCAUACCCAAGAGUUUUCUCAGCAGUCCUCAGGGGUCCUGCCUCCAGAACGAGGAGCAUCUCAGUCUGCAGAUUAAUUUGUCUGCUCGUGGCGACCAGCCCGCUGAACUUGACAAGCUCAAGCCCUACGUCAUCGAGCACAUUCUGUUUCUGUUGGUCGCUCCUGCUGUUGGACCAGCAGCAUUUGGGGAAGCAAAAAUAGGUGUCUAUAUGUUAAAUUCUGGAGGCAUGAGGCUCUAUAUAAAGGACAUGCAGUUGUUGUCAAAGGUGGAACCCAGCCUCAACUUUAACAAGGUUCUUCUGAGACCAGAGGCAAAGAACUUCACUCAGGUGGCUACCUUAGCUUGCAGAGGUCUUUUGCCAGGCCAUGGACAGAAAUGCAUAAGCCAUAUCAGUUUAAAAAUAAUGGGGAACAAAACCUACAGCUUCCCAGGACUACAUAUCACACACAGAUGGACAGUAGGGGAUUUGUUCAGUUUGUUUCAGGUGAAACAAAGAAGCAGUGACCAGAUGGACCUGUGGUUCUCCAGCCCUCACCCCCUGCCCUUCACAGUGAUAAAUGCCACUCUGUCAGAGAGGUUACAGGGCACGGUGAAGGUCGUGAACUUCAGCAGCCCUUUGACAGUUUCCACAGGCUGCUGGCACAUCCUCUCCCUCCAGCUGCUCAACAGGACUCUGCCUCUGAACCAUAUGCUGACCCUGAGUCUGGAUAGCAGCCUUGGCACCCUGCACGUUCCCUUCUACUUUCAUUCAACUUCAUCAAAGGAGGAGGUGGCGUUUGAGGCAGAGCGCGAGUGUCCACGACAAUGUCCUCUUCACUUGUCUGAAGCAGGUCGCCUGGAGUGGCAGCGCUCUCUUCUGCCAGACUUCUUCACCUCAUCCUGGAGCGUAGACAGCAAACUGGCUGCAGAGCUCUGCUCUCGAUGGCGGAGCCACAAAGAUAAAUUACCCUGCAGAUGGCCCAGGCUUCCUGUUGAGGGAUCAACUCCUCUGAACUUUGGUGCUACACCCGUCAACGAAAGUAAAGUGAAAACGUUCAUGCUGAAGAAUCCUUCGCCUUCAGUGGUUUCUGUGGAGAUUCGAAUCCUUUCCCUUUACCCUUCUCCCAGUGAAGCUCUGGACCUUCUAACCAAAUGGUUUAAUAUCAGCUCCCAAACUGUGAACAUCAGCACAACUGUGUUUUCUCUGCUGGCUUCUCCUCCAAAGGCAGGUGAGAGCGUAGCAGAGGUAACAGGAGAAGGCGUCCUGCAUCUGCUGCUGCAGCCCUGGGAGACCAGAAACGUCGCUGUGGCGUUUACGCCCUCUGAACACAAACCAACCACCACCAUUCUUAUUAUCAGAAAUAACCUGACAGUAUUUGACAUGGUGACCCUACAAGGCCAUGGGGCCAAAGAGCUGCUAAGAGUUGGAGGAAAACUGUCCGGGCCGGGGGCGUCUUUGCGCUUCAAUGUUCCUCAGUCAACUCUAUUGGAGUGUCGUGAUGGUCUGCGCACCAGUAAGCCUCUUUUUGCUAUCAGGAAGAGUUUUAAGGUGGAGAACGCAGGAGAGCUUCCUCUGACAGUCAUGUCCAUGAAUAUAAAUGGUUAUACCUGUCAGGGGUACGGCUUCGAAGUGCUUCAGUGUCGUUCCUUUAGCCUUGAGCAUAACACCUCCUCUGAGAUCACAAUUGGGUUUACACCAGACUUUACGUCGUCCUGGGUGAUUCGUGACCUUACCUUUGUGACAUCGCGUGGUAGCGCCUUCCCUUUUACCCUCAAUGUGACUCUCCCCCACCACAUGUUACCUCUCUGUGCCCAGGUGGUGCCAGGUCCCAGCUGGGAGGAAACCUUUUGGGUUGCCACACUCAUAUUCACAUGCUUCUCCUUGGUUGGUGUGUGUCUAAUGGCCUUCCAUCAGGCUCAGUAUAUCCUCAGAGAGUUCUCAAACCCAAGCAUCAGGAGCAACCACAACUCUGUCCUGUCCCGGGAGAACAGCUCAGUCAAUGAUAUCACUCCCAAUGGAGUCAAUAAAUCUAAAGGCAGUUGUAAGACCUAUAUAGACACCUGCCACACAUCUGAUAAAGGAAAGGGGCGUGGCGCUUCAGCUCUGGCCAACAGCCCGACCCCUCGCACUCAGUCGUCGAAGAAAGGCUCCUUGACCACAUCCUCCCAACCACAAAAGAAGCAUAAGGUGUCACUUUAUUACACUAAACACAAGCCCAGCACAGCCGCAGCUACAGCUGCAAUAAUGGAUGAAGAACAUGAAGACCUGACGCCAGAUAGUUCCCUCACCCCAGACUCCUGCGACAACAACCAGUCAGCUUUCAUCUGCGAGACGGAUCGAAAGACUCCCACAGGUUUCACAGAAGACCUCCAGGGCAGUAUUGAACACAGCAUGUCAGCAGCAGUUAUGUUUCCUGUGGAAAUACCUGCUGGGUUCCCCGAGGAUGUCACACUGGGUCCAGGACCCAAACCUGGCUUGUUAGUCUGCAGUCCUGUGGAGAGGAGCUGCAGCGAGCGCUAUGCAGAAAAGAUGGAUUCUGAGAAAAGGGACAGUUCUGAGCUGGAGAUCCAGUUUGGAGAAAAUGCCAAAGACCAGAAAAAGAAAGCUCCAAAUACAGAGACUGGAACAGCCGCUGGGAAUAAUAAGGGAAAGAGGAGCCGCAGGAAGACGGAAAAUGUCUCCAGUCCUCCUGAGCACAACGUUAUUACAGUACCAGAAAGGGAGAAGGAACCUGAUUGGAAAACAUGGGAUCGAAACAUGAGCGGAACCCGCAACAGGAACCGUUGCUGCAACAGCUUCAAGUCAGAAGUGCUAAAACCCGGACAAGGUGCUGAAAACCCCCUUAAACAAAACGGUGUGUGUCCAUCUCGCAGUCGCAGAAGGUGUGGAGUAGAGCGACGCGCAGGGGGAGUAUCGGAGUCGGGCUCAGACUCGGGCAGUUCGUCAGGAAGCGUGAGGGCCAGCAGAGGGAGCUGGGGCAGCUGGAGCAGUGCAAGCAGCAUGGAGGGAGACAAGGACCACAGUGCUCGAACGCAGGCCUGCGCUACCUCAUCUAGAAAAAGAGAUUCCAUGCAGUACCCCAUAGAAAGAGACUGCUAUCAAACCAUGAGUAACAAUUACAAGGCCUCAAGCAGCUUGUAUAACAAAGACAUGUGCCAAAGCCCAGACCCCGCGCCAUCAAGCUUCAUCCCAAGUUUUGCUGAUGUUGCUGCAGGAAUGGAGAGAAAUAUGGCAGGUCAUUAUGUGCCUGAAGACAAAUGGUCUGCUCCAUCCAUCCCUCUAACCAAUGAGUUCAGAUACAACACGCCCGAAGCUCUGCCUUACAUACCUCAGCCAGCAGUCACCGCAUCAUACAAUGGGUUUACCUGGAGUAGUGCCAACAGUCAUUGCAACAGUCCCUGCAGCUAUAUAGGUAAUGGACCAUUUCAGAGUGGUUUCUCCAAUCAAGAGGGGCAGAACGUACACGGCACCCAGAGCAGCUGGACUGAGGAGCAGCCUCAGGAAUCUCCCACUGCCUGGAACUCAGCAGCAUGCGUGGGCAGCAAGCCAUAUUUCCCAGGGACCCGCAGCCUCUCUCCCAUGUCCAGCCUGUUUGGCUCCAUCUGGACCCCCCAGAACCGCUUCCCACCCGAGCGAUCUGCCCCGGUGUCCCCCAUGUCCCCCAUAACCCCUAUAACCCCACCGCACUCCCCAUUCACCCGGGAGCCGGAGGGAACCUACAGACCCAUCCCGUACUCCAGCUUCAACCCGUUCGGACCGCACAUGAACCUGGACAUAUGGAACUGUUCGUCCAACCGCAGCUCCAACUCGCAGCUCUCCAACGACUCCGGCUACUGUGGAGAUGUCUGACUCAUAGGAAACCAGAACGCCAGACCUAGUUGCAAACGCAUAAAACCCGACAUAAAAGAAAGGAAAAAAAAGAAUGUUCUUUUAUCAACAUUGGGGAAAAUGUGAAUAUUUCUUUUCUUUUAUGUUCCAAUUUUCAGAUGUUAAAUGUUGUGAGAGGUGAAGCUUUUGUUGUAUAUUUUUCUAGAUGUUUUGCAGUUUUGAUCAUAGAAAAUAAAAACAAGGUUUUGUACUUGAA